AUGCCUUAUGGCCAAGAAGACAUUGGGAUUCCAAGGGAUGGCGAGGCUUUCAUGAGAUACCGAGAAAAAAGAAUCCAAGAGCUAAGCGGAAAUGUAGAGGACAUCACAUCCGAGAGGGAGUUGAUAGAGAAGACCAAGUCACUGAAAAUGAUAGUCCAUUUCUACAAGCCAGAGUUUGGCCGCUGCCAGACGAUGGACAAGAGGGUAAGAGAGAUAAAGAAUUGCUUUCCAGAAAUUAGAUUCUAUAGAGUAAAUGCCGAGAUAUGUCCGGUUGUAACAAGAAAGCUUGAGAUAAGAGUUUUGCCAUUUCUGGGAUUCUUCAAGGACGGAUACUUUGUGGACCAGGUUGUUGGCUUUGAGAAGCUUGGAGAUAAUCUGGACCUGGAAGCUCUUAAGAAAAGGAUUUCAGACAGCAACAUAUUUAAACCUAUAUCCAGCAUAUGA